GGAGCUAAAGAGCACGGUGGCCGGCAACAGAAGGGAAAGACAAAGGGUAAAGACAAAGAGAAAGAUCAGCAAGAAAGGAGGCAGCGAGCUGGGAGGCCAUGGCGCCGGCUGAUCUCCCACCAGGCUUUAGGUUCCAUCCAACUGAUGAGGAGCUUGUGAACUAUUACCUCAAGAGGAAGGUCCAUGGGCUCAGCAUCGAGCUUGACAUAAUCCCUGAAGUAGACCUCUACAAAUGUGAGCCUUGGGAGCUAGCAGAGAAAUCAUUCCUGCCUGGUAGAGACUCCGAGUGGUACUUCUUUGGGCCAAGGGAUAGGAAGUAUCCAAAUGGAUGCCGCACAAACCGCGCAACCCAGGCAGGAUACUGGAAGUCAACAGGCAAAGAUCGGCAAAUCAGCUACCAGAACAGAUCAAUCGGCAUGAAGAAGACACUGGUCUACUACAAGGGUCGAGCUCCUCAGGGGCUGAGGACCAGCUGGGUGAUGCAUGAGUACCGCAUCGAGGAAAGCGAAUGCGAGAACACCAUGGGGAUUCAGGACUCAUAUGCACUGUGUCGUGUCUUCAAGAAAAAUGUGGCACUCGGAGAGCUUCAGAAGCAAAAGCAAGGCGAGUGCAGCUCAUCACAAUCUAAAGAAAAACAAGAACAGUUUACAAGUAUCAGGGAUGCUGGACAGUCAUCUGGUUCAAAUGAGCACGGUAAAGACAACACAUGGAUGCAGUUCAUAGCUGAUGAUCUAUGGUGCAACCAAACAAAGUGAUGGGAGUACGAAACUGAUGACACAGUUGUUUAACUUCAUCUAACUAGAAACUUCUCAGUUGCACAUUGACUCUGUAUAUGUUUGAUAACAUCACUUCUCAGGUUGGAAUCUGGACAGGAUGACCACUAAAUUUGGGCUCUGACUCUUCAUGUAGAGUUAUAGUUUCCUCUUUUGGUACUGUACUAGAAAAACGUCCUACUUUGGUACUUCAAGGCUCGGUCUUCUUGUAUCUGUCGUUAAACACAGUGAUUUAUAGGGGGGAGUACAGUACGAAGACAGAAAUUUAAUUUAACCUAUAUUAUUUACAUAUUCGUUUCAUAUGUAGUUGUAGUUCAGAUAUCAUUUUACAAUAAAGGUCACCAAAGUUGUCAA